ACCGGCUACCAUUCCGUCCAUACCACGGGCCUGAAGAACUGGAGCAACAGCAGCAUGCUACACCAUUGGCGGUCUGGCGCGCCGAAAUAUGAAUAUUAGGCUGAAGCAGCGGCACCACACCAGGGCGUACCACCUGCCUUCGACGGCCAGCUGCCCACGUGCUUCAACGUACUCGACCGACAUGUCUACCCACCGCGCACGCCCCUUGCACCGGCUCUGACGCUGAUACCGCUUCCGGGCACGCCGCACCUGGCACUGGACAAAGCGGCGGCGGUGGGGCACAAAGCGUUCCACCACGCGACCCCGCUGGCGUCCUAGUCGCAAUGGUAGGGCGCAAUUAUGUAUUUCCAGGCGUUCGAGUACGAAUAGGGGCAAUCUGGCGUUCUCCGCGCCCGCAGCGUUGGCAGGGGUGAUUUGUGCAUCAUCUACAUGCCCAUGAUUCCCGAGACGGCGCUCGCGAUGCGCUUCUGCGCACGCAUCGGCGCCGUGCACUCGGUCAUCUUUGACGCCUUCACCAGCAAGGAACUCGCCAAGCACAACCAGGACUCCCGCUGCAAGCUUAUCAUAUCCGUCUCGUGCGUUAUCCAUCCAAUGGGCUCGCUCAACCUCAAGCCGCUCAUCGUCGGCGCGCCAGUUAAGAGGGCCAGUGCCCCUUCACUCUCGUCGUCGCGUCGAGCGAUGUCGUGCCCAAGGACAACAGGAAGACCGCGUCGACUCAGCGGACUCGUCAUCACCACCAAGCUUUCGAAAAUGCGAAGCAGCAAGAAGCUCCGUCGGUUCGUACAAGCCAUCGUAGAGAACGCCGCUGGCAACAAGUUCGACGGAGAGAUACCGUGCCGCCGACAGUCGAAGACCGGAACGUCGUCUCCGUCGUUAAGAAUGCCAGUUUUGCGCAUUUCGCUGGCAUUAAGGCCAGGAUUUAGAUGAAAGAAAGUUUACUUAUAUAUAUAUAUAUAUAACAGAGAACGGACUUCGGAGCAGCUGACAGUACCAUGGAUCCAGAAAGAAAGGAGGCAAAGACUACAGGCGAGACGCCAUGAACUGUUUCGAGGAAGAGAUAGUUUGUGUGCCGGCAUGUGGAUGAUUCUUAAUAACCCUACUUUGGCUGUAUGCUUAAAACGUCUCUGAAAAUACGAGUACAGAC